AUGGAUUCUGCAGAAGGAAAUGGAAAUGGAAAUGGGCAGGAGGAGUCUUUGCCUCCUCCACCUCCUGUUGUCCCCUCAGAUGUGGUGCCUCUCAAAGUAGAGGAACCUGUUAAGAAAAAAAUUACCCGUCUUCCUAUCGCAAGACGUGGGUUGGGAUCAAAAGGAAAUAAGAUACCUCUUUUAACUAAUCAUUUUAAUGUUAACAUUGGUAAAAAUGAUGGAUAUUUUUUUCAGUACAGUGUGUCUUUUACUUAUGAAGAUGGACGCCCUGUGGAAGGUAAGGGUGUUGGGAGGAAGAUAAUGGACCGGGUGCAGGAGACAUAUGCUUCUGACUUGAAUGGCAAGGAAUUUGCAUACGACGGGGAGAAAAGUCUGUUUACUAUCGGCUCUCUUCCUCAAAACAAGCUUGAGUUUGAGAUUGUUUUAGAGGAGGCUCGAUCUAACAGAAAUAAUGGUAAUCUUAGUCCUGAUGGUAAUGCGGACAAUGAGAGUGACAAAAAGAGGAUCCGACGCCCUUUCAAUGCCAAGGCAUUUAAAGUUGAGAUAAGCUUUGCUACCAAAGUUCCUAUGUAUGCCAUUGCCAAUGCGUUACGUGGGCAGGAAACAGAGAAUUUCCAAGAAGCUGUUAGAGUUCUUGAUAUCAUUUUGAGGCAACAUGCUGCUAAGCAGGGCUGCCUACUUGUGCGUCAAAACUUUUUUCAUAAUGAUCUCAAGAGUUUUGCUGAUGUGGGGGGUGGUGUUCUAGGCUGCAGGGGAUUCCAUUCAAGUUUUAGAGCUACUCAGAGCGGUCUCUCCCUUAACAUAGAUGUCACAACAACCAUGAUAAUUCAACCUGGGCCUGUGGUGGAUUUCUUAAUUUCAAAUCAAAAUGCAAGAGAUCCUUUUCAACUUGACUGGGCAAAGGCCAAAAGGACACUAAAAAAUCUGAGGGUCAAAACUCAUCCAUCCAAUCAAGAGGGGAAAAUUUGUGGACUCAGUGACGUUCCAUGCAAAGAGCUUACCUUUACUUUGAAAAAAAGGGAUGGGGAUGGUACCGAAGAAAUGACUGUUUUGGAUUAUUUUGUUAAUGUCCGUAAGAUAGAUCUGCGCUACUCUGCUGAUCUGCCAUGCAUUAAUAUUGGCAGGCCUAAACGGCCAACGUAUAUACCCAUUGAGCUGUGUGAAUUGGUGUCGUUGCAACGAUAUACCAAAGCUCUGUCCACACUUCAAAGGGCUUCGUUAGUAGAAAAGUCCAGACAGAAGCCACAAGAGAGGAUGAGAAUUUUAUCUGAUGCACUUAAAACCAGCAACUAUGGUGCUGAACCUCUGCUUCAAAGUUGUGGAAUUACUAUAAGCACAGGCUUUACUCAAGUGGAAGGACGUGUUUUGCCUGCUCCAAGGUUGAAAUUUGGCAAUGGUGAAGAUUUCAGUCCGAGAAAUGGAAGGUGGAAUUUUAACAAUAAGAAAUUUGUGCAGCCAACAAAGAUAGAGAAAUGGGCUGUGGCAAACUUUUCUGCACGAUGUGAUGUACGGGCAGUUGUAAGGGAUCUAAUUAGAAUUGGAAAUACGAAAGGAAUUAUGAUUGACCAACCAUUUGAUGUGUUUGAAGAAAAUCCCCAGUUUAGACGUGCCCCACCAAUGGUUAGAGUGGAGAAGAUGUUUGAGAUCAUUCAGUCUAAACUUCCUGGGGCUCCUCAAUUCCUGCUCUGUUUGCUUCCUGAUAGAAAAAACUGUGAUAUUUAUGGUCCAUGGAAAAAGAAGAAUCUUGCUGAUUAUGGAAUUGUCAAUCAGUGCAUGUGUCCCGUAAGAGUCAAUGAUCAGUAUCUGGGUAAUAUUAUGUUGAAGAUCAAUGCCAAGCUUGGUGGGUUAAACUCGUUGCUGAGUGUUGAAAGUUCUCCGUCUCUUCCUAUUGUUUCCAAAGCACCUACUCUCAUUCUAGGAAUGGAUGUGUCACAUGGCUCUCCAGGGCAGACUGAUAUUCCUUCAAUUGCUGCUGUUGUCAGCUCUAGACAGUGGCCUCUGAUAUCCAAAUAUAGGGCAUGUGUUCGCACACAAUCUGCAAAAGUUGAAAUGAUAGAUAAUUUGUUCAAGAAAGUAUCAGAUACUGAAGAUGAGGGCAUCAUAAGGGAACUCUUGCUUGAUUUCUAUAAUAGUUCUGGGAAGAGAAAACCAGAUAACAUUAUUAUUUUUAGGGAUGGUGUUAGCGAGUCACAGUUCAAUCAAGUUUUGAAUAUUGAACUUGACCAGAUCAUUGAGGCAUGCAAGUUUCUUGAUGAAAAAUGGAACCCAAAAUUUGUGGUAAUUGUUGCUCAAAAGAACCACCACACAAGAUUCUUCCAACCCAAUGCUCCUGAAAAUGUCCCACCAGGUACUGUUAUUGACAACAAAAUUUGUCACCCCAGAAACUAUGAUUUCUACCUCUGUGCUCAUGCAGGGAUGAUAGGCACAAGUAGGCCUACUCAUUACCAUGUUCUGCUUGAUGAGAUUGGCUUCUCACCUGAUGAACUUCAGGAGCUUGUUCAUUCUCUUUCAUAUGUUUAUCAGAGGAGCACUACUGCUAUUUCAGUUGUUGCACCUAUAUGCUAUGCACACUUAGCUGCAACUCAGUUGGGGCAGUUCAUGAAAUUCGAGGAUAAAUCUGAGACAUCCUCAAGCCAUGGUGGACUGAGUGCUGCAGGAGCUGUACCUGUCCCCCAGCUUCCAAAAUUGCAGGAAAGUGUGUGCAACUCCAUGUUCUUCUGUUGA